ACCCGAACGCCGCCGAGCCCGAAUACUCCCGAGCCUCGGCUCUCCGCCUCCUCUUGUACGAAAGUGCCCGAGCGCUGCCGGACAGGUUGAACGGGCCUCGGCCGCGGAUCGGAAUCAACUCCCGAAGCGCGGCGCGGUCGGGCCCCUUCGGGAGCAGAAGCGAAAAUGGCCGAAGGGACGCGAAUAGCGCGGAGCCAAGAGACUGCUGGGAUCGCGGCGGACUCGGCGGGCGGGGCCGGGCGCCAAGAUGGCUGCCGCCCGGCGAGGGAGAGCUUCCUCCGUGGUGCUCUCGUCCGUGUCUCUGCAAGUGCUGCUCUAUCUGAGUGGGGCAUAUCACGCCCUGUAUUUCCUAGCUACACUCCUGAUGGUUGUGUAUAAAAGUCAGGUUUUCAGUUAUCCUCAUCCUUACCUGGUCCUCGACCUGACUCUGCUGCUUCUGAUGGGGAUUCUGGAAGUGACUCGGUUGUAUCUUGGCACCAAGGGCAACCUGACGGAGGCUGAGGUGCCCCUGGCCAUCAGCCUGGUCCUUACGGCGGGAGGCGCCCUGCUGUCCACCUACUUCCUGCUCUGGCAGACCCUGGUGCUGCGGGCAGACUCCAUCCUCAGCGCCGCGCUCCUGGCACUCCAUGGCCUGGAGGCCAUCCUGCAGCUGGUGGCCAUUGCUGCCUUCGUCAGCUAGGCACGUGGUGCCCGGGGCUGGACAGUCUAGACAGAAGCUGCCUCCUGGGAGGUCGGCCGUGUCUGGCUGACUCCCUCUUGGGUGUGCCAACCUGCUUGACGGCCGAGGGGAGCAGGCAAGGGUGGUACCCGUUUUGUCACGAUGCCAUGCACCUCUCACACAAUUGCCGGCAUUCCGUGCUUUCCACACUGGUCCACCUGGAGCUGCGGGGCGGCGUGGGGAGCCUGGGACCCAUGGCUCACGGCAGGCCGAGUCCUAGAUGAUGGUGCGCUCUGCUUUGCAACAGAUAGAAAUGCAGAGGAACCAGCAAGCUCCGGUGUAUGGGGGGAUUUUUGCAGCGGUGGCCCCUUUCCCCCUGGGGCUUCUGCAGGGAGCUAGUCUGAGGCCCCAGCGCUGAGGGGAGGGAGGCACAGAAUGCGAGCGUGAUGGGGAACAGCUUGCCACUGGCCCGCGCUGGGGCUUCAGGGCUCCAGUGUCCAGGCCUCAUUCAGGAAACCGUCAGGAACGUUUGUACUGCGUUACAUGCAUUCACAGACUGCCAGGCUCCUGGAAGGACUCUGAGUUCCUUUCUCUAUAACUUGUCUGCGUUUGUCUGUGUCACACUCUUGUCCGCAUUUGGAAUAACGUGUUUGAGUAUCGAGAUAUUUUCUGUAUGCCAUAUUGUCAAAAUAAAGAGAUGUUUGUACCUUCCUGAA